UGUGAAUCUACCACGCACCAAGUGGUGGUUGGGUCGGUGGGUUGGGAGUCUGUCGGAAGCAGGUAACCCGUCGUCUGAAUUGUCAAUUUGAAGUUUAUAUUUUGGUUUUGUAUCAUCGGAUGACUUCUGGUAAAGAAACAAUGGGUGAACAGCCCAUCUUUACCUGCAAGGCCCAUGUUUUCCACAUUGAUCCCAAAACAAAACGGUCUUGGAUACCGGCAUCUAGCUCUGCUGUUAGUGUCUCUUUUUUCUAUGAUUCAACACGUAACCUGUAUCGUAUCAUCAGCGUUGAAGGCACAAAGGCUGUUAUUAAUAGCACAAUUACACCUAAUAUGACAUUUACUAAAACAUCUCAGAAAUUUGGUCAAUGGUCAGACGUUCGAGCUAAUACGGUAUAUGGUUUAGGUUUUGCAACAGAGGUAGAAUUAAAUAAGUUCAUUGAAAAAUUUCAAGAAGUUAAGGAAGCAACAAGACUUGUUGGCAAUAAUAAGCCAGCCACUAAUGGUCAGAGCACUGGAGUUACUCCUGUUACAAGUGCAAAUGCAAGUCCUGUUAGUACCAGGGCUGCAAGUGGCUCUGUGCAGGUAGCUGACUCUCAGCAGUUGUUGGAGCCUCCUGGCACACACCUCAAUAACAGUGGCACUGCCACAAUCAAAGUGGAAGGAGAAGGUGGAACCUCACAUGUCCGUAGCCAGUCCCUCUCAGCAGGUGAAAGUCCUAAACAUCAAAUUGGAGAUAAGUCAUCUGCACCCUUGGGAUCUGGCGAAGCACAGCUAAAAUAUGAGAAUGAUCGACUGAAACUUGCACUUGCUCAAAGCUCUGCAAAUGCUAAGAAAUGGGAAGUAGAACUUGCUACCCUAAAAAGCAAUAAUGUGAGGUUGACGUCAGCUCUUCAGGAAAGCACAGCUAAUGUUGAAGAGUGGAAGAGGCAGCUCCAAAGCUACAAAGAAGAAAAUCAACGCUUGAAGACCCGGUACCUAGAACUAGAAGCAGCCAAAGGGAGCACUGAAGCUGCUGUUGAGCUGCGUAAAGAGUUGGCAACAUUAAGGCUACGAAUUGAAACAAUGGAAAGCGAGCUUACCACUAAAGAUGAAGAUAUAAAACGUCUAAAUAUGCUAAAACAACAGCAACAACAAAAUGCUGCUCCUGCUGAAGAACGAAUCAAGAGUCUGCAGCAAGACAAUGCAGAACUUCAGGCAGCCAUGUCACUAGCCCAAGCGCAAUUAGAAACUGCAUUAGCAGCACAAGACUCUCAACGAAGAGUCAUUGAUACUCUGAACAACCAGCUGGCUGGACGCAUUCAAGAGCUCACCAUGAUUCACCAGGAAAUGACCACUGCGUUGCAAACCUGAACUUGAGAUGUUUAUUGCAUUUAGCCCGAUUGCCAGACUUUUUGUGAGUGCAUCCCCCAACAUAUGAGAUCAUCAUUUUGAAACUAUAUUGCAAGGGUUGUUCAAUAUCAUUAUUUGUUUAAUGCUGAUCCCACAAGGUUCAUGCCUGACAUCUUGGUUUUUUCCUAAGAUUUGUCAAAAAGUGGGGUAUAUUCUAAAGACUACAUCUUCCGUAAAAUUUAUGCCUGUUGACUUUCUCUGCGUGGAGUUCCAUAACUUCUCAGGCCACAUCAUAUCGAUUGAAUUCGAUAUGUGAAGCAUGUUUGAAUGUCUUAAGUGGUAGAUCUAGCUUAAGUACAUGCCUAUUGGCUACAAUUUUCAUAGACAAAAUAGUGAAGGAUUUAAAACAAUUGAGAACAGUUUUUAUAUCUUCUUCUAUGCCUUUUUUCCCUCUUCAUUCUUCCAUACUAAAUCUUAUCUAUUUUAGGUCGUGACUGGCUAAAAGCCAAUUCUAUUAAAUCACAGUGUAUUAGAUACAUAAUUUUAACGCUAUACAUACCUCUUAAAACAAGUUCAGCAAGAAAUGUUAUCUUGAUAAAUGGCAUAUAUGUAGGAUAAAAGCAAAUAUUAUGUGCAUGUUUAAAAUUCUAGUUUAAUGCUAAAGACCUCUCUAAACAUAAAAUAACACGUACAGUGUAAAGUCAUUCUUCUGUCUCUCUCAUAGAAGGUAGACUUGAAAAAUCGUUGCAUUUAAAUUUUUGAUGUAAGAUCUUAUAAAACUGUAAAACAGCUCAUCUACCUACUGGGGGAUGGACAAUCCUACUCACCUGCUUGCAUCCAAAAAAAAAGUGCAGAAUGUGAACCCACCUGGUAUUCCCUUUAUUUUUGAGGCUUACAUAACCAUGUUGUAUUUCCAUCAGUUUAUUUUACUGCUCUUUUCCGUUUAAUUCAAGUGUAUUCGUUGUUUUAUGCCAGAACUUUUCAGCUUUUAUUACUUUUGACUUUUGAUCAAGAUUUCUGGAAUCACAGACAGAAUCACUAAUCAGGCAGGACUUUUUUAUGGUGCAUUAUUUAUUUAUUUAUUCUUAUGUGCCUACCUUAUGUCUUGAUCUAGCCAUUACAUGCUUUGGUUGUUUCAACUGAAUAUUGUGUCCUGUUGAAUUUGUUCAGGUCAAGUGCAGCAAUGAAUUAUUUUAGAAGUAUUUCAGAAUCUUUCACCUUUAAAUUAUGUAUUCUUAUUUAAGGCUCUAGUCAUUACAUUUGACUGAAACAUAUUAAUUCAUUCUUUCUGAGAAUGUGAAGUCAAACUGGCAUUGCUCGAUCUUUUCAAAGUCUGUAUCAAUAAGGCAGCAAUAUUUUAUUUUGUACAAUGUAGUGAAUAUGUUUUAUUACCAUUUAUAUGACAUCAUUAUUGUUAUCAUUGUGUUAGUUCUAUAACUCCCCAGUUAUUUUAAUGAUUCUCAGAGCAUAGAGCUGCUAUUUGUAUGCUAUCAUCGCUUCUAUGUUAAGUUCUAUAAUUUUAUUGUUUUGGUUUAUUUCAGAAACAUGUGAAACUUGCAUGUUAUAUUUUAUUUGUCGCCCAAAACAGUAUCAAAAUGCUUGUUGUAGCUUAUUUUCAGCUAUACCUCAUAUUUACCUGUAUAAUGUUACUGAAUGCAGAGCAGAACAUUUUUAACUGUCUGCUACACAAAUGGUUUUCAUCACAAAGAACUGCAAUCCUUUGCUGAAAGAGGGGUUCACCUUUGUUCUGUGUCAACCCCAGCUAUUUCUGUUUUACCUUGCUUGAGGAAUGAAUCUCAAGUUGUUCCAAUUCAGUUUUAUGAACAGUGGUGCACUUUCUUUUUUGGAACAGUGUUUUAUUUUCUUGUAUCAGUAUUACCGUACAGCAUAUUAUUUCAAAUUUCUCAUAGUAUUAUCAAAGACUUUGACAUAAGUACAAAUGGUAGGAUAGUCAGCUUAAGGCAUCUAAAGUACACUACCUUACCUCACAAGACUAAAAGGGCAUUUAUUUUGUUUUGAUUUUAUAUUGAUGCUGGUAAACUGUUGUAGUAUCAGAAAAAUGUAGUGAUCUGAACACUUGAUGUUGCUGAAGAAUUUUUUAGACGGAUUUUUUCCGUUCAGUUUAGAUGAACCAUGUAUUCUAUGUUUUCUUUCAUCACAGCCAAGCCAGAUCCAACCCACACAUAACUUAUGAUAAAGAAGUAUGUAUGUAUAAGAGAGACAUUAUUAUUAUUAUUAUAUUAAUCUCAUGAAGCAAUCCCAAAUGAAAGUAUUGUUUCAAUUAUGUAAUUAUUAUUAUUAUAUGUUCUUGUUAAAGCUUUUUUUCCCCUUGAAAACAGCAUUUAUUUAUACAUCCAUGUUAGUUUUCUCUACAAUGAACUGUGCUUUAAUUACUCUUAUGGAGUUCAUUUAAACCAUUUGCCUCAAUUUGCAACUCUGCCUUUUGAUGAAUGUGGUUGAGUCAUUGAACAACAUUCCAUUCAGCUUUCAGGACCCAAGUGGUACAUACCACCAUCAUUCUCAUUCACUUUGAACUUGUUGACAUGUACUGCACAAGCUUUAAAUGUACAAAGUUUUAAAAAAUGUUUAGAAAAAAAUGAUGUUUAUCAUCUUAAAACAAGGAGUCUCCUAUUUUGCUCUUGCUGCACUUAUGGUCCAACAUAGUGUGUAUUUUAAAAGUCAAAUUUACAAUGAGUUGAAACCCCGUUGUUAUAAAUGUAUGUAACAUUGUAGAGAUGAGAAAAAUAAAGAGUUUAGAAAAAUAAUGCAA